GGGUACUACUAUUUUCAUCACGUGGGCGGCGACCGCGAGACGCGCCAGCAGUUUGCGGACCACCCGCAGUUUGCGGCGACCGUCGACUUUUGCCACAAGUACGACCAGGCGGCGUUCGAUCCGGACGCAGACAAGUACGCGCUGGCGUUCUUUGAGCCGAUGCUGCGCCGCGUCCUUUCGCGCAAGGCCUAUUUUUUCGCGCCCAACCAUCCAAAGCUCGGCUGCGUCACGGGCACGUCCCUCACGUAA